GAUCCAAUAUCAAUUCACAAUAUUUAUCAAAUUAAUUAUCCCGGUUCAAAGGUUAAUAAGUAGCACGCUAUCACUGAAACGUGUUCCUUCAUUCACUUCUGAACAUGACUGCGGCACCAGAAACCGUUGAAAUGACGGUGAAACACCACAGCCCAGCUAAGUUAGGUUUAAUGCAGUUUCUGGCUGGUGGUUGUGCUGGCUUUGUGGAGGUAUCCAUAAUGCAUCCGUUAGACUUAAUCAAAACAAGAUUUCAAAUACAGAGAGGACCAGAUGAUCCACACAGAUACACCUCACUAGCAGAUUGUUUUAAAAAAAUGUACAGACAAGAAGGUGCCUUAUCCUUUUAUAAAGGUAUAUUACCACCGCUGUGUGCAGAGAUGCCGAAGAGAGCUGUAAAAUUCUUCACAUUUGAGCAGUAUAAAACAAUGUAUUCAUAUAAUUCAUUCUUAUCUCAAGGUGUGGUAUUUACAUUGGCAGGUCUUUCAUCAGGCCUCACAGAAGCUGUCAUUAUAAAUCCUUUUGAAGUGGUAAAAGUUAAAUUACAAUCAGAAAGGGGGACAAUUUCUCAGCAAAAAAGUACCUAUGCUACAGCAAGAGAAAUAAUCAAUCAGCAUGGUGUGAGAUAUUUUGCUGGCAAGGGAAUGACAGCAACCCUAGGACGUCAUGGUGUUUUCAAUAUGAUCUACUUUAGUUUUUAUCAUAAUGUUAAAGGCAUUGUUCCACAAUAUGAGGAUCCAGUUACAGAAUUCUGUAGAAAGUUUGUGAUUGGUUUAAUUGCUGGUACUCUGGCUUCCUGUAUAAACAUUCCAUUUGAUGUUGCUAAGAGUCGUAUCCAAGGACCUCAACCAGUACCAGGACAAAUUAAAUAUAGCAGUUGUUUUGCUACUAUGCUUACAAUAUAUAGAGAAGAAGGAUAUCUUGCUUUAUAUAAAGGACUACUUCCAAAAGUAUUACGAUUAGGACCAGGUGGCGCCAUAAUGUUGCUGGUCAAUGAACAUGCAUUUGAAUGGAUGAAAAAGAACUUUUAGAGAUACAGUGAUGAUAUGGAUGAACUAUGGGCUUUCAUUUACACUAAAAAAAACUUUUUUAUUGUAAGAAAAGUUUAAUAUAAUUUCUACUUGUACAUUUGUGUGGAAUUGCAUUUACUUAUCUUAAAAUGUUUUUGUAAUUGGUAGCUUUUAUUAUACUGCAGGUGCAGCAAAUCCAGUACUUUUUGUAAGCAGUAGAUUUUAUAUCAUAGAUACAAUUGUUAAGAGUUUAUACUUAGUACAUACGUCUCACAGAACACUUUGUAAAUUUUUUGUAAUUUUCAUUUAUUCUGAGCAUAAAUGUUGACAUAGGGUCUGUGAAAAGUUUAUGUUUUUUUUUUUUAAAUUGUCCUUUAUUACUCAGGAUCAUGAAAAAGCUUCAUUUUUAUAAUUUUAUUUUGCUAGCCCUAAGAAAGGAUACAGCAAAAACCUUUACCACCACACUGAGUGCUACAUCAAUUAUUUCCUAUAUAAAAACAUACUUUUGGACAUUGUUUCCUUUCUUUUCCUAAAGUCCUAAACGUUAUUACCUGUAAUUGGUAUUCAUUUUUUUUUGGUAUUCAGUUUUCAUCAAGAGAAGGAGAUAUAAACAGUAGACAGAAUAUUUAUUUUUAUUAAGAUAAAGAGCGAAAAAUAUUUUAACAUGCUGUGAAUUUAAUACAUCUAAAACUUGGUAACUAUAUUUCUAGGAAACUUGUAAAAAGGUGAAACAUUUUUGUCAUGAUUUAGUACAACCUGCAAAACAUAGCCAUACUUCAUCUUGGAAGUUUUUUCAGCAACUGUCAAGAUAAAGAACAACAAUUAAAUUAUUAUUUUUUACUAUGUCCAGAAAUUGCUGUCUCAUGUAUUUUCAAUACUAUAUCUUUUAUUUUCUAUUUUAAAGAUUGUUAUCCAUGUGAUAUGCGAGAAAAAAUAUACAUAGUGCUGCUUUUGCUUCUGAGCAUAGCUGAUCAUGUUGUUGUUUUGUUCAUUUCCCGUAUUCAAGAUUUACAAACAUAUACAUGUAGAUAGUAUUCAAUUGUAACUGGCCUUUAAGUGUUCGUCUAUUCAAUCAACUGUGUCGCCUAGUGUUUUCAAAGUUCAAGAUUGUAUCAAUCAUAUUCAAUCGUUACAAUGUCCUAUUCAAUCUUUAAAAUCAUUUGAAAAUGUUGAUCCAUUUCAUUCAAUGAACUGUAUCUUCUGAUGUUCAAGGGUCACAAUAUAUCUUAACUAUUGAGGUUUUGUAAUUUUGAUUUUAACAGAUUUUUAAGUUGACAAUCAAUGUUAAAAUUGGAAAGUCCCUUAUCGACUGGCAAAAUCAAAAGCUCAAACACAUCAAACAAAUGGACAAUCAAUUAAUUAUUAAUUUUUAUUGUCCUGAUAUGCAUAACUUAUUUUCCGUGACAAGAUUUUUUAAACACCAAAUUCAUCAUUGCAUCACCUAGAUAAAUAUUGUUCAAAUUACAUUCCAAACAUGGGAGAUAACUCACAGUUAAUGUGUAGUUUAAAUUGAUUAAAGCUUUUGUAGUCUUCAUCACUAUACAUGUACCAGAGACAUAAAAUACAUAUAAUAAAAUUGUAUUAUAUUUCUCUGCAUGUACUUAGUUAUAACCACCAAAAUCAGUUACUUUAUGAUGAUAUUAUAAUAUCAUUUUUUUUUCAAUUUUUGUGUUUAUUGCUGUGAGCAUUUAUUAAAUUUCAGUGUAUGUGUAGAUAAUAUAAUAUGAUUAUUAUUUCUGUAUUUUAAAGGCAGCAGUUCUUAAAAUGUACAUACAUUUUACUUACAAUAUUUUUAUUCUAAAAAUAGAAAUUGAUUUAGUUUAGUUCACAAGAUUAGUAUCAGCCUUAAGACUAUUUCACUUUGAUGUUUUGUACUAAAUAUGUUUAAAAAAUGGGUGUUUUAAGAGCCAUUACUUGAAGCACUGGACAAAGAGAGAUACACAAUGUACAUGCAAACAUCUUUAACCAUACUUAAAUUACAUCAGCUUCUUUAAAAAACAUAUAUCUUGGGGGAAAAAUAGUUCAUGAGGCUGUUGUUCAUUUGUCCACCUGCAGUUUUGACAGUCACACCAUUAGCUCUUUGCAUGGUAGUUGUUGUGGACAGUUUAGUAUCUGUUUUAUCAAAUUUCUGUUAAAGAUAAAUAUUUGAAGAGUUACUUUUUUUAUAACGGUUUUUGAUUGGUGUGUUGUUGAUAUUGUUUUUGUUUUCUUUUUAGGUGGUUUGUUAUGUUAUGCAAUCAUAUCUUUGAUGAUUGUUCAAGUUAAAUGACUGGGUUUUUUCUUAAUGAAUAUCUUUAAUUUAAUUUUGUUCUAUCUAUUUAUUUAUGAGCAAUACCCUUUGUUUUGUUUUUAUUUGUAUUUAUUCUAAUACACACAAUGUACUGGGUUGUUAAAGUUGUAAAUAUUUUUUUAGAGAAGAAUAAAAUUAUUGUGAUAUUUUAUAGGUCACUCAGAUAUAGAUGUGAUAAAGCCAUAUUUGUUAUGUUGUUAAAGCUAUUUGGAACAAUAUUUUUUUUCAAUUGAUAUUGUAUGAUACUGUAUAAUCAUUUUGAAUUUAAAAAAGAUUUGCUUUGGAAAUUUAUUUUAUUUAUUGCAUGCAGAAAAUAUUUUUCAAGAAAUGUAAUUUAUAUCAAAGUUUUUGAACAAUAUGGUGAAAAUAUCUGAGUUAUUGUUGAAAAACUUGUAAGCAAAGUCUAUUAAAUAGUGUAAGUGUAAGAGUGAGUCACAGAUUUGUUAGGAAUAUUAGAUAUAAAUAAGUCAGAGAAUUGUGACUAAAAAGAUAGGUCUAAUUACUAUACAUCUUUUAGUUUAGAUAUAUAAAGAUUUUUUUGCUUUUUAAGAGAUACUCACUGAGUGUUCAACUAUUUCAUUACUACAUUUACACGGAAAAUAUAGAGAUUUGAGAAUUUGUUUAUAUAAGAAAUGCAAUAUUGUUUUGAUAUUUUAAAAUUUAGUAUACACUGUAUUUUAAUGCCUGACUAUUGAUAUUAAAGGGGAAUUAAACAUC